GCGAUAAGUCUCUCUUCCCCAUUCUUCUCAACCUCCUCUCUCUCAGCCGUAAGAGAGAAGCAAAAGGCUCAGAGUGGGGGGAGGAGCUAUGUCGCAUAUGGUGUUUCAGAGCGCCGCCGCUCCAAAACCCUGUUUACCAAUCCCUCGCUCAACCGCGGCUCUUCCCUGUAAGCUCCGCCGCGUCAGCUUCGUCAGAGCUUCAUCCUCUUCUCUCAUCGAAUCCGUCGGAGAUUCAGUCUCAGGUCUCGAACGCUGCUUCCAGCUUCCCUUUAGCGGUGACUCAUCCCCAUCGUCUUCCUCUAUCUCAAUCUCAGCUUCUUCUUCUCCAAGUGCUCAGAUGUGUCCAGUGAUGAAAGGUGGCAAGUUCGGGUCCGUAGGAGCUGUAACGUUAGAAAAGGGGAAGCUUGAUAUGACCCAGAAGAAAGUCGAGUCAAGCCCUGAGAUUGCAACGGGAGGAGGAGGUGGAGACAUUGGGAAGAAAAUCAAUUUCGGUGGUGGAGAUGGAGGGGAUGAUGAUGGUGACGAUGAUGAUUACUUUGACGAGUUUGAUGAUGACGAUGAUGGAGAUGAAGGUGGACUUUUUAGACGGAGGAUGUUCCUCGCAGAGAUAUUUGAUAGGAAGUUUGUUGAUGCUGUGUUGAACGAGUGGCAAAAGACAAUGUUGGAUUUGCCAGCUGGCCUCCGUCAAGCAUACGAAAUGGGUUUGGUUAGCUCAGCACAGAUGGUUAAGUUCCUUGCCAUUAACGCUCGUCCCACAACAACUAGAUUGAUCUCACGUGCUCUUCCUCAGGGAUUGUCCAGGGCCUUUGUUGGCAGGAUGUUAGCGGAUCCUUCAUUUCUAUAUAGACUUCUUUUGGAGCAAGCUGCCACGGUUGGAUGCUCGGUUUGGUGGGAGGUGAAGACUCGUAAGAAUAGAAUAAAAGAGGAAUGGGAUCUUGCACUUAUAAACGUUCUUACAGUAUCAGCAUGCAACGCAGCUGCCGUUUGGUUGUUAGCUCCAAGCCGCUCAUAUGGAAACACAUUCCGGUUUGAUCUCCAAAACACACUGCAAAAGCUACCAAACAACAUAUUUGAAACGAGCUAUCCCCUUAGAGAGUUCGACUUGCAAAAGAGAGUCCACUCUCUUUUCUACAAGGCUGCAGAAUUGUCUAUCCUUGGAGUCGCCACAGGUGCCUUCCAGGGUUCUUUGUCUAACUUUCUUGCCGGAAAGAAGAAGAAUAGAGUAUCUGUGACAGUUCCAUCAGUCACUACAAACGCUCUUGGUUACGGCGCGUUUCUUGGAUUAUACGCUAACUUGAGGUAUCAGCUGUUGUGUGGGUUUGAGAGAACAAUGAGCAGCCACUUUGAUGUCAUAGGAGUUGCACUCUUCUUUGGUACUGCAGUGAGGAUUAUGAAUGUUCAGUUAGGGGAAAGAUCAAGACAAAUAUGGCUAGGUGUGGAGGCAGACCCGCUGGCUCAGUCAGAUGAUCUGCUGGCGAAAGCAUACAACCGACCCUCUUCAGAGGAAGGAGUAGCAAAGCCAGAUUCAAGAUGGUUCAUCUCAAAGAAUGCAAUAAUCUCAAGGCUACUUGGUAUGAAACAACAGGACUCAGAAUCUUCAGAUUCUCCUCAACCUCCAAAGGCUAGGCGAAAGAGGAUUGUAAGGAAGAAGGUUGCUGCCUCUUGAAACAACCAACGGAACCUUUAUUAAUGUCAGUAUUUUUGGAGCCUCUGGAAAGAGCAACAGUGAAGUUUGUGUUGUUCAUUUUUGAGGCACACUUUUAGAAAAUAAUAUUACAGCUUUUUUUCCUC